AUGUCGUCGAGCUACGACGACGCCAUGCUCGGCGAACAUAGCCAUGGCGAACACUCUCACCAAUACCAUGCCCAGGAUAUGCCUCCGCAGGCUGAUUCAAACUGGCAGCAGAACGGCAACUUUAGAACCCGGACCCCUGACAGCAGUUAUCGACCGCGGCCGCCCAUUUCGGCUCCAGGUACGCCCAAUCCACCGGGAUGGGCUGAAGAGCCGCCCCGCAAAAGCGCUGAGCGGAACAGGUCGCGAGGGCGAAAUGGGAGGUCUGCCAGUGGUCAAACGAGGACAUGCCAGGCGUGCGGUGAGCCCUUGACGGGCCAGUUUGACUGCGGUGAAAUAGUUGCUUCAAAGUUCUUCCCAGCCGAGGACGAGAACGGCCAAGGCCAGUAUCCUCUUUGCGAGACUGACUACUUUCGACGACUUGGUCUCCUCUGCUACCAGUGCGGGGGAGCACUUCGUGGCUCCUACAUUACCGCCCUAGACCGCAAGUACCAUGUCGAUCAUUUUACAUGCUCAUUGUGUUCCACGAUAUUCGGCGCUCAAGACAGCUACUACGAACAUGACGGAAACGUUUACUGCCAUUACCAUUAUUCGACACAGUUCGCCCAGCGGUGUAAUGGGUGCCAAACAGCCAUUCUAAAACAGUUUGUUGAGAUAUUCAGAAAUGGGCAAAACCAGCAUUGGCAUCCUGAAUGUUAUAUGAUUCACAAAUUCUGGAAUGUGCGGUUGGCGCAGCCCGCGGACUCAGUACCUGCGCUUGAGAGCACAGACGACGCUGCGGGCAGAGACCUUAUUCGUGAGGAGGAGGAACGUAUGGAAGAGAAGGUCUUCCGUAUAUGGAGCGUUCUAUCAACCUUUGAGGAAUCUUCCGCUGCGUGUAUUUCCGACAUGCUGCUGCACGUCAGCAAUGGCUCAUAUGUGGAGGGAGUUUUUGUUGCCAAACGCUUCAUCUAUCACGUUGAGAUCUUGUUCCAAUCUGCAGAUAGACUCGAUGCAACUAUGGUGGGCCUGGAUCAAAAAGGCAUGUCUUAUGGUCGAGAAGCCAAAUUACUUUGCAAGAAGAUUGUUUCCUUCUUCUCUCUUCUUUCAAAAACCCAAGACAACGCAACCCACAAGAUUGGGGUUACACAGGAGCUAUUAUCCCUUGUUACCGGUCUCGCCCAUUACCUCAAGCUCCUCAUUCGAAUCUGUCUCCAGGGUGCACUGCGUCUUGAGCGUGAAGCACACUCUUCGACUGGCUUGUAUCAGUUCCUAGAUGAUUUGAGUGACCUCGACGCGACUAAGAACGACGAUGGCCAGUUGUCUGUGACUGCAAGCGGCGGAAAGCUUUCUGCCAAUGACUCUGACCACUGUGCCCUGUGCCAUAGAUCCGUUGAAGACGAGUGUGCUAAGAACGCCGACAUGAGGUGGCAUCUCAACUGUGUUCGGUGCACAAAGUGUUCGCGGGAUAUUGGGCGAUCACUGGCGGAGGCUCGUUUGAAUACUCUCGACCGAAAACUCUACUGCACAAACUGUGCUGGACCUAAUGCGCAGUCACUUGAACAUGUCUCAAAACUACAGCAAUACGUCUUUCUGCUUCGCGUUGCCCUAGCUCGGCUGUUGGAUAUUCUCAAAGCUAACGGCACACUCCCACGUUCAAACGAUGACUCCGAUAAUAACGGGUUUGGGGCUUCUGAUGGACCAGGAGGUGAUCCCAAAUCACGUGGAGGAGACCAGUCACGCGGGCCUGGCGGCAGCAAAAGAGAGUCGUCUUAUGAGAACACUCUGAAUGAUGUGCGCAGACUCCGAAGUACACGGUUAGACCGUCACCUCUCUUCUAGUGUACGACAGGCUCGGAGCUCUCGUGUGAUGGACACUGAUGGAAGAGGACCACGCCCAGGCUCAGCGGGUGAUGCCAGCCAAGGUGGUCAAAACUCUACCGAUCUCAUGUUUGGACAAAACGAUGGUAUUACGUUGGAUGAUAUUCCAAGAAUCGUGGCUGUAGAGCAGUCUCGCGAACAACAACAAAGGGUGCCACAGCCUUUUCAAGACCGUUCGCUAGAUGCUCCAUCUGGACAGGGCCAUCAGCGAACGCAAUCCAAUGACCGGGAACGCUCUGAUAUGCCUCGACAAAUUGGACGAAAGUUCUUCUCAGAGCUCUCAGGCCUAGAAUACUUCAACGUCCGACAUCUCGCUGUUCUGACCAUGCAGCCCAUGAUUGAGCAGGAAUUCACGUUGGAUGAACUGCUCAGCUUCAUCGAGUCGCGUAAACAGGCAACCUUCUGGAAGAAUAUUGGAAAGGCCUUCAAGAACGACAAGAAUAAGAGCGUCAAGAAGAAGGGCGUAUUCGGUGUACCCUUGGAGAUUAUUAUUGAAAGAGACGGUGCGGACUCGACAGACGGCGUUGGUCCAGGUACUCUUCGAAUCCCAGCAGUGGUCGAUGAUAUUGUCACAUCAAUGCGCAAGAUGGACCUUUCCGUCGAGGGUGUGUUCCGAAAGAACGGCAACAUCAAGAAGCUGCAAGGCUUGGUCGAAACCAUCAACACGGAAGGCUGCGACAUGGUCAGCUUUAUGGAACAACCUGUUGUGCAGCUUGCCGCUCUUCUUAAGCGCUACUUGAGAGAUCUGCCAGAUCCUUUAAUGACCCAUAAGUUGUACCGGCUAUGGAUUAGCGCAGCCAAAAUCUCCGACCAUGAGAAGAGGAAGCAAUGCCUGCACUUGACCUGCUGUCUUUUACCAAAGAGUCACCGAGACUGUCUCGAGAUUCUGUUCAGUUUCCUCAAGUGGGCUGGAACCUUCCAUCAGCUGGACGAGGAUCUUGGCUCAAAGAUGGACGUGAGAAACCUUGCCACUGUUAUUGCACCAAACAUUCUCACAAACCCUACCAAAGCCAUGGCCAUGGAUAGCGAAGCCAUGUAUAUUAUCGAUGCGGUGGAAAUGAUGAUUACGAAUAUCGAGGAAAUGUGCCAGGUUCCUGACGAAAUCCUUGGUCUCAUGAACGAUCCUUAUAUCUUCAGUAAUAGUGGAGAUCUUACCACCAAGGACAUUCUGAAGCGCUUUCAGGAUAGACGGGGACAGAUUUCAAUUGCUGAUGUGAACGAGGUUUACAACCGUCAGGACAACUCUACCCGACCUCCAGCUCGACGGGUAGAAACUGAUCCAGCAGUAUGGUCGGGUGAGGCCACCGUUCGCACGAUACAAGAUCCUUCGAUGCCUCUACCCAAUAAUGGGAACGCAACCCCGCCUGCUCGGUUCAGAGGACGAAACGAUCUAAACCCCUCGCCUUAUGGUCAAAACCAGUUCAAUCAGUCCGACAGCCAACUCGAUAGCGCCGAGCAUAGUAGGAGGCGCGAAUGGCGCAAUUCUGGCAUAGGAGGACGACAAGGCAGCGGACUCGGUGUUUCCGGCAACUCAUGA